CGCUCCUUCAUCACUGCAGUUCUUCCUCUGGCCGUCGUGAGGUGACGUUCUUAGCAGUCGAGAACCGGGAUUCUUGGUUGUUUUCAUUUGCUGUUUGUUGCCCCCGACCAAGGAUGGCUUCUAGAUUCUGGACACAGGGUGCUAGUGACUCCGAGGAGGAGGAGAGUGACUAUGAUGAAGAUGUUGAGAAUGUAGUGGGUGAAUCUACUAACCAGACUGUUCAAAGCAGAUACUUGCAGGGUAAUGCGAGUGAUAGCGAUGAUUCUGAUGAUCAGAAGCGUGUUGUCAGGUCAGCAAAAGACAAGCGAUUUGAAGAGAUGUCAUCCACAAUCGACCAGAUGAAGAAUGCUAUGAAGAUUAAUGACUGGGUGAGCUUGCAAGAGAGCUUUGAUAAGAUAAACAAGCAACUUGAGAAAGUCAUGCGUGUCACUGAAUCUGAGAAGGUCCCUACUCUUUACAUAAAGGCACUUGUGAUGUUGGAAGACUUCCUGGCACAGGCUUUGGCAAAUAAGGAUGCCAAAAAGAAGAUGAGUAGUAGUAAUGCUAAAGCACUGAACUCAAUGAAGCAGAAAUUGAAGAAGAAUAAUAAGCAAUAUGAGGAUUUGAUUACUAAAUAUAGAGAAAGUCCUGAGAGUGAGGAGGACAAAGAUGAAGAAGAGACUGAGGAUGAGGAUGAAAGCGAGGAGGAGGUAAUUGAGGAGAUUGAUAAGAUACAAAAGUCUGAUUCUGAAGAUGGCGAUCAGGAUGAUGAGAAGUCAGAUGCAGUUGAUACGCCUUGGGACCAUAAACUUAGCAAGAAAGACAGGCUUAUGGACAGGCAAUUUAUGAAAGACCCUAGUGAGAUCUCAUGGGACAUGGUUAACAAGAAGUUUAAAGAGGUUGUGGCAGCUAGGGGCAGAAGGGGAACUGGAAGGUUUGAGCAGGUUGAGCAGCUUACCUUCUUAACAAAAGUUGCCAAAACGCCUGCACAGAAGCUGGAAAUAUUUUUCAGUGUCGUUUCUGCUCAGUUUGAUGUUAAUCCUGGUUUAAAUGGGCACAUGCCUAUUAAUGUGUGGAAGAAAUGCGUGCAGAAUAUGCUGGUCAUUCUUGAUAUUCUUGUGCAGUACCCAAACAUAGUUGUUGAUGAUACCGUGGAGCCUGAUGAGAAUGAAACUCAGAAGGGCGCUGACCAUAGUGGACCAAUCCGGGUAUGGGGCAACUUAGUUGCAUUCCUUGAAAGAAUUGAUGCUGAGUUUUUCAAGAGCUUGCAAUGCAUUGAUCCCCAUACUCGUGAGUAUGUUGAGAGACUCAGGGAUGAGCCCAUUUUUCUGGCUCUUGCUCAGAAUGUCCAGGAUUAUCUUGAAAGGGUUGGAGAUUUCAAGGCUUCAUCAAAGGUAGCCCUUAGACGUGUUGAACUCAUCUAUUACAAACCGCAGGAGGUUUAUGAUGCCAUGAGGAAAUUGGCUGAACUGGAAGAUGACAAUAAUGGAGAGGCGGAUGAUGAGUCUAAGGGGUUUGAGGAUACAAGGACCCCUGCGGCAUUUGUUGUAACUCCUGAGCUUGUUCCUCGAAAACCUACCUUCCCUGAGAAUAGUAGGACACUAAUGGACUUAUUGGUGUCCCUCAUAUACAAGUAUGGGGAUGAGCGGACGAAGGCACGUGCCAUGCUUUGUGAUAUAUAUCACCAUGCUCUUCUGGAUGAGUUCUCAACUGCUCGUGAUCUUUUGCUUAUGAGCCAUUUGCAGGAUAGUGUUCAGCAUAUGGACAUAUCGACACAGAUACUUUUUAACAGGGCUAUGUCCCAGCUAGGUCUUUGUGCUUUUCGGGUUGGACUGAUUUUCGAGGCUCAUGGUUGUCUCUCUGAAUUAUAUUCUGGUGGAAGGGUGAAGGAGCUGCUAGCUCAAGGUGUCUCACAAAGUCGCUAUCAUGAGAAGACUCCAGAGCAGGAAAGGCUGGAAAGGAGACGCCAGAUGCCAUAUCAUAUGCACAUUAACCUUGAGCUCCUGGAGUCGGUGCAUCUUAUAUGUGCUAUGCUUCUGGAAGUUCCUAACAUUGCAGCUAAUGACCAUGAUGCAAAGCGCAAAGUUAUUAGUAAGACUUUCCGUCGCUUGCUUGAGGUCAGUGAGAAGCAAACAUUUACAGGUCCACCUGAAAAUGUCAGAGAUCAUGUCAUGGCUGCUACAAGGGCCCUUAGCAAGGGAGAUUUCCAUAAGAGUUAUGAUAUCAUCAAGUCGCUGGAUGUCUGGAAAUUUGUUAGAAAUCAUGACAAGGUGCUGGAAAUGCUCAAGGAAAAAAUCAAGGAGGAGGCACUAAGGACUUACCUCUUUACCUUCUCUUCAUCAUAUGACUCUUUGAGCCUUGAGCAACUCACAAAAAUGUUUGAUCUCUCUGUUCCUCACACCCACAGCUUAGUUAGUAGGAUGAUGAUAAAUGAGGAGCUGCAUGCGAGCUGGGAUCAGCCAACUGGCUGCAUUAUUUUCCAGGAUGUAAACCACUCUAGACUGCAGGCUUUGGCAUUCCAGUUGACGGAGAAGUUAUCUAUCCUUGCAGAGAGUAAUGAAAGAGCAAUAGAGGCAAGGAUAGGUGGUGGUGGAUUGGAUCUUCCCCUAAGGCGGCGAGAUAGCCAGGACUAUGCUGCUGCUGCGGCAGCAACAACUACUGUUGGUGGUAGGUGGCAAGACUUGUCAGUUACUCAGACAAGGCAAGGCAGUGGUGCUGGACGUGCAGGAUAUAGUAUUGGUGGCGGCAGGCCGUUGACAUUGAGCCAAAAUGCCUAUACAAGGGACCGAACAGGAAGAGGAGCAGGUGGAGGCUAUCAGAGUACGAGAUAUCAAGACUCUGCGUAUGGUGGCUCGGGGAGGACAACUCAGGGUUCUGCACUCAGAGGAGCCCAGGUGGACGCAUCUACUCGUAUGGUUAGCCUUAAAGGAGUUCGUGCUUAAAUUCUUAAAGAAGCGCCUUGUACUGGAGUACAUGUUUCAUGCUGUAGCGUUUAAAAUUAGCCGGAUCUUUUAGUUCUAUUUAUUCUGCUACUUUACCGCAAUCGAAUUUUGACCACUGAGGUUUUUAAUUUUUGACUUGUAAUUCUUAUUUUGUAUUGGGUCUGGGGCCACAGUGAGAAAUGCUUGAUUUCCAAUACUCUGCAAAUUGCUGCUUCCAUUGUUUC